UCCCCGUGUUUUCUCACAAGUCUCAGGCCGUGUCACUGCCAGCAUCACACAGCCAGUAGCCUGACCGGUGUUCGAGAGAGACGUCACAUCAGCAGCCAGUAUUGUGAACCAGAUGAAGGAUGUGUGCGUCUGGACGGCCAAUCACGCUUCUGCUGUUUAGCCUGUUGGGCUCAGCUACCUCAUCCCCUGUUUCCAUAUACACGCCUGCUCCACCUCUUCCAUUGCAAAUUUUACCUCCCUCUCCCUCUCCAACCAUCCUCCCAUCUCCACCCUCUCCUUCUCUCAGUGUCUCAGAGGCAACAGGAGAUGUCGGCUGCCCUCUGACAAUGUCACCCUCCACCAUGGUAGUCAGGUUUGGAGAUCCAGUCACAGCUAACUGCUCUGUAUCAAGGAUGGGUUUUUCGGCUCUUGGUUGGGAAGUCUCACUGGCAGUUCCUGAACCCACGAUGGAGCGUUUUCUGAUCUGGAGUGUGAACGAGAUGACUGAUUGGAGCAUCAAGCCUAUGUGCUAUGCUCUGUCUGAACAGGGAGGCCAGUGCCACAUUGAUCUCCCUCUAAUAGUCUACAAGUCUCCUGAUAAUGUGUCCAUCAGCUUUGUUAAUCUCACCGGGCCGAUGUCUGAGGGUCACCAGUACACUCUGCAGUGUACAGUACAGGAUGUGGCUCCUGUUGAAAACCUCAUUGUGACCUUCUACAGAGGACAGACAGCACUGGGUCAACGACUGUCCAACAAUAACACAGAGAAGAAACCAGUGAAUGAGAUCUUCACUCUGAACAUCACCCCGAGUAAAGAAGAUGAUGGGGCCCAGUACUGGUGUGAUGCAAAGCUAGAACUGGGACCAGAAGGACAACAGCUCCCUCCAGUGGUGAUGUCACAAAAACUCACUGCCACGAUCCUCUUUGGUCCACAGCUCGUGUGUCCUACAAAGCUGCAGGUGAGAGAGGGAGAGAGCCUGAGCUGUGAGGUGAGAGGAAACCCUCAACCGUCAGUCACCUGGUUCAGGGAUGGACAGGUGGUUGCUCUGCCCACUCACUCAAGCAGAAAGCAUGCUGGGAAAUACACAGUCUCUGCAAUAGGACGUCUUGGACAGAAAAACUUUACAGUGGAGGUGGAGGUCCUCACUGGCAGUGGAACUACAAACAGCUGUAAUAGACAUUUCCUGUUGGCAGUCUUGCUCAUUCAGAUGAUGAACUGGCUGUAAAAGAACUCUAUACGUGACCUGGGAUUCCUCUUUCCAUGCUGUCUGGAUGCACGGCUCUUGCUGCAUCGUCUUGUGUCUCUCUCCAUUUGUUCAAAUGGAUCAGUUUUGUAUUUGUGUGUUAUUGUGCAUCUUCAUUUUCAAAAUCUCAGGUCUCAUUAGAAACAGAUAGAGUUCUCACUUUGAGAGCUUCUGCCCAGGUACAUUUUCGAACACUCGGUCUCUUUGUAAUCUGAAAGCUGCUCUAGAAAGAAAGUCACAAAGUCUUGUACAAUUUAAUAAUCAAAAACUAUACUGUUAUAGGUCUGUGAUGGUGGUAUGCUUUCUCCCUUGCCUGUUUUUUUGAGA